AUGGGUGACUCGUCAAAUCUUUCCGGACAGGACCGUGCCAUCGAAUUGGACUCGAGUGAUGUUCUGAGACACACUCGUGAUGAAUUUAACAUCCCAUCUCAAGCUGACGUAGCACGCAAAACUCUCCCUUCGGACAAUAGCACAAACGCAGAUGAAAAGGCCAUCUACCUUGUAGGCAACUCGCUCGGUCUCCAGCCCAAGCGUACAGCAGAGCGCAUUCAGCAGUACCUCGCAACAUGGCGCACCCAGGGUGUACAGGGCCACUUCAAGCCCCUUGAUGACUCCCCUCUGCCGACUUGGUUGGAUGUCGACGCUCGCGCUGCGGAAAUGGUUGCACCUAUCGUGGGCGGCAAGGUCAGCGAAGUGGCUGUCAUGCAGACACUGACAGCGAACCUGCACUUCUUAAUGGCAGCGUUCUACAAACCCGAUAUUCAGGGGCGCCAUAAGAUCAUCCUGGAAAGCAAGGCAUUCCCAAGUGACCAUUAUGCAGUUGAAACACAAAUACGCCAUCAUAGACUACGUCCUGAAGAGUCUAUGAUUACUCUUGAACCUCCCAAUAACGCGGACAUUCUCCCCGAAGAGUACAUUGAGUCUGUUAUUGAUCAACACGCUUCUACAACCGCUGUGCUUCUCCUCCCUGGUAUCCAAUACUACUCAGGCCAACUACUCGAUAUCCAACGGUUGACAGCUUUUGCUCGCGAACGGGGUAUCUUCGUUCUCUGGGAUCUUGCACAUGCUGCAGGAAACGUGCUUCUCUCCUUGCAUGACUGGAACGUAGACGCUGCUGCUUGGUGCACCUACAAGUACAUUAACGGUGGUCCAGGCUGUAUCGGUGGUCUGUUUGUUCACGAGCGUCAUACACAGGUCGACGAAGAUGGAUCACACAAUGUGAGACUUGCCGGAUGGUGGGGAAACGACAAGACAAAGCGCUUCGAGAUGAGACCCGGCUUCGUACCCGUCCCUGGCGCAGCGGGAUUCCAACUCAGCAACCCGUCCGUCCUCGAUAUAACCUCACUCUGCGCUUCUCUAGAGGUCUUCGAACUCGCCGGCGGCAUGGCUCCCAUACGUGCCAAGAGUACAAGGUUAACAGCAUACCUCGUUUCUGAAUUGCAGAAACUUCCGGCGGACAUGAGCGCACAUUGGCAGAUCAUCACGCCCAGUGAACAAGAGCGCCGCGGAGCGCAAGUAAGCUUGCUUCUCUCUGACGGGUUGUUGGAUGAGGUGAUGUCUGGUCUAGAGAGAAGGAGUGUUUUGGUGGACGAGCGCAGACCGAACGUUAUUAGGGUUGCUCCUGCACCAUUGUACAAUACGUUUCUGGAUUGUUGGAAGUUUGUGAAUGCUUUUAAGGAGGCUUUAGGGGAAGCAUUGGAUGCUGUUGGGGCAGUGAAAAACUCGACUGUAUGA